AUGACUGCUUUCACUGAAGAUGAAUGGAAGAAUAAAGUGAUACCGGAAUUGAUGAGGGUUAUAAAGAGAAAUGGUUGGGUUGAAUUGAUGGACGGGGAGGCAUUUGAAUCAACUUUAAUAUCAAAUAAUAUUAAUCCCAAAUUAAAAGAUUUACUAUCAAUACUGCUAGAGAAUCGUUUAAAUAAUUGUAAAUCAAUAAAAAAUUUAUCGUAUCAAGAGAGGAUAGUCCUAAUAGGUGAUCAUAAUAACGAUAACUGUAUUUUGGAGGAUGAUGAUACUGAUAGUUACAAAUAUGGAGAUGGCGAUGGAGAUGGAGAUGAAAAAAGUCAAAUAACUACUACAUCAUCAACGUCAACUUCGCCCAAUAAUAGUCUUUCAGAAUUACUAUUGCAAGAUAUUGUACAAUUUAUGAAUUCUUUAAAACCAUUAUUAAUUAGAGUUUUAAAUUUAAAUGAACAAAAUGAAUUUGAUAUAUUAGUAGAACAGUUUAUUAAGGACAUUUAUGAAAAUAAUUAUUUUUAUUGUAGUUAUCGUUAUUAUUUCCAAAAAAUUUAG